AUGUGCGGAAUCUUCGCUUACCUCAACUUCCUGACGCCGAAGAAGCGAUCGGAAAUUGUGGACAUUUUGGUGCAAGGACUGCAAAGAAUGGAGUACAGAGGAUACGACUCUGCUGGAAUCGCCAUCGAUGGAUCCAACGACAUCGAGGCGCCCCAUUCGCGCGUUGCUCUGCUCCGUAAAGCCGGAAAGGUGUCGGUCCUGAAUGACUACAUCAAGGAAUGCUCGUCGGACCUCGACAUGGACAUGGAGUACAACAUCCACUGCGGAAUCGCUCACACCCGCUGGGCCACGCACGGAUCGCCACGUGAUGUCAACUCGCAUCCACAUCGCAGCAACGACAAGAACGAGUUCCUGGUGGUGCACAAUGGAAUCAUCACCAACUACCGCGAGAUCAAGGAGUAUCUCGAGAAGAAGGGACACAAGUUCGAGUCGGAGACUGAUACGGAGGUCAUUGCCAAGCUCACCCAGCACAUCCACGACCGCUACCCGGACUUCUCGUUCCGUCAGCUCGUCGAGACUGUCAUCCAGCAGCUGGAGGGAGCCUUCGCUCUUGCCUUCAAGUCGUCUCGCUUUCCGGACAGCUCGUUGCUUCCCGCCGCGGAUCGCCUCUCCUCGUGGGAAUCAAGAGCAACUCCCGGCUCCAGACGAACCACUUCCCAGUGUCUUUCUCGAAAGGUGAGUGUCUGUGAAAGUGGGAGGAAUUCUCUUCCUUUCCAAAAAUUCAAUCGCGAACUGCGAUGUUUUAGACGCCGGGUGGAAAUGGGGAGACGAAAAGCAGGCUGAUGGUAAAUUUAAUUCUGAUUCGGGUUUCGGUUGCUUGAUUACUAGUGCUACACUAACCCUGCAUGCUUGCCGUUUACCAAUUCACAAAUGAUCGUUUUUCUUUUCAGGACGCCGUUUCAUGUCCAAUCACGCCACCCACUGUGAGUUUUCCCAUUCAUAGUAGUAGCAUCUCAUCAGGACAUUUUCAGUGCGCGAUGAGACCUCUUUCGUCGAGACGCCGAACAACAUCCUGGAUCUGUCGAUCGGUUAGUGACUUCGCCUAUUCAGAACAAUGUGACUGAAUAGAAAACGUACUAGAUUCCCAAGCAGUUUGCAAUUUGCCGGUUACUGUAGAUGACUCCCAAAGAAGAUUGUCGGCGUUUUUAAACUCUUUGAACGGUAGACCAGCGUACUUCUGCAUUAUGCAUGUCUAUCUUGACCACUUCUUGACCCUGGGACCAACUAACUAAUUCUCUCGCAUCCGUUAACUGAUUCUUCGUCUUUUCAAAUUGCUAACUUCUUCUUUAUAGCUGUCAGAUCGUCGAAUGGAUCCGCCAAACUCGAGAUCUCGGACAGUACGACAGCCGUCCGUCCGUUCGAUUCUGAAGACUGGGAGGUCGAGUACUUCGUCGCCUCUGACGCCGCCGCCAUUAUAGAGCACACGAAGCAAGUGCUGUUCCUCGAAGACGACGAUGUCGCUUUCGUCGAGGAUGGAGCACUCACCAUUCACCGUAUCUCGAGACACGCCGACAACGGCGAGCAGAAGAGAGAGGUUCAGCUUCUCGAGAUGGAGUUGCAGGAGAUCAUGAAGGUUUGCUGGUCAUGGUGAGGACUUCUCACUAUUUUCAUUUUUCAGGGAUCUUACAAGACCUACAUGCAGAAGGAGAUCUUCGAGCAACCAGAGUCGGUGGUUAACACUAUGCGUGGACGCCUUCUCCCAUCCGGACAGGUGGUGCUCGGAGGAAUCAAGGAAUACCUCCCGGAUAUCAAGAGAUGCCGUCGUCUCAUCAUGGUCGCCUGCGGAACCUCUUACCACUCAGCUAUCGCAUGUCGUCAAAUCCUCGAGGAGCUGUCCGAGUUGCCAGUUGUCGUCGAGCUCGCUUCGGACUUCCUGGACCGUCAGACUCCAAUUUCCGUGACGACGUUUGCCUCUUCAUAUCCCAAAGUGGAGAGACUGCCGACACUCUGAUGGCUCUGAGAUACUGCAAACCACGUGGAGCACUUACCAUCGGAGUUACCAACACCGUCGGAUCAUCGAUCUGUCGCGAGUCUCACUGUGGAAUCCACAUAAACGCUGGGCCCGAAAUCGGAGUAGCCUCCACCAAGGCAUACACUUCGCAGAUUCUCUCCCUGCUCAUGUUCGCUCUCACUUUGUCCGACGACCGCAUGUCGAUGGCCAAAGACGUGAGGAGAUCAUCGAUGCCCUCAACGAACUUCCGAACCUCAUUCGUGAAGUGUUGCAACUGGACGACUUGGUUCAUCAGAUCGCCGAGCAAAUCUACAAGGAGAAGUCUCUGCUCAUCAUGGGGCGUGGAUUCAACUUCGCCACGUGCCUCGAGGGAGCUCUCAAGAUCAAGGAACUUUCCUACAUGCACUGUGAAGGAAUUAUGUCCGGAGAACUGAAGCACGGACCUCUCGCCAUGGUCGACGAGUUCCUCAGCAUCUGCAUGGUUAUCUGCAACGAUCACGUCUACAAGGUAAUAGAAUUUCUUUGUGUUCAAUUGUCAUAUUCUCUUUUCAGAAGUCGCUGAACGCUCUGCAACAAGUCGUCGCUCGCAAGGGAACUCCGAUCAUCAUCGCUGAUCGCACUGUCCCAGAAAACGACCUUGCCGGAAUGAAGCACAUACUCCGCGUGCCAAAGACUGUCGAUUGUGUCCAGAACAUUCUGACAGUCAUCCCUCUCCAGCUUCUUUCUUACCACAUUGCCGAGUUGAACGGAGCCAACGUGAGUUUCAUUCGUCUAUUUUUACAAGUCUUCAAAUGUGCCUUUCAGGUCGACCGACCACGCAACUUGGCCAAGUCCGUGACCGUCGAGUAA